ACCUCAGAGACGAAACCAAAUCACCAUCACUGCUCCUCAAAUCUCAAAAUUGCAGUGGAGGCGCAACGGUCACUUUGCACUCUCUCAAAAUCACAAAGAUCGACACUUUACAAUCCAAAGAAGGGGGAAGAUGGUGAGGACGAAGCGAUCCAAAAUCGUGGAGACUACACCCGAGACGGCGAAGAAGAAGACGACGAAGAAGACGACCGCGACGAACACCAAGAGAAGGAAGCUCGCUGAGGAGGUGGAGGAAGACGAGACACCUCUCACAGGCAUCUUUUGUCUUAAACAAAGACAAGACAUGAAGAUUUUCGAGGAGAAAGAGGAUUGCUUUAUCCUCGAUUUCGAUCCCAACGAUGCGUUUGACUCAGAGAAGCUCUCCUCCUCUGAUAACCCAGAAAGUGACGACGAUGUGGCGAUUGUCCAUGAGAAAGGACAGGUGGCUUGUAGGGACUUCCCACAUCCAAGGCAUCUCUGCUUGAAGUAUCCUUUUGGAUCAACUAAUCACCAACUUCAUUGUGAUAAGUGCUACUGUUAUGUGUGUGAUGUUGCUGCGCCUUGCCCACAUUGGACGCCUGUUUAUUACGAAUCUCAUUGUGAAGCAGUGGAGGAGACUAGGUGGAUGCAUUUACGGAAGCUGCACCAACAGAAGUGAAAGGACUUCUGAUGGAGUUUGGGGUUUCCGAUGACAGAAUCUUGAUGAAUAUUAUUAUGAAUAUUGUAUGUAAUUCAGCCCCAUCUUUAGCUGAAUAAAAACUCUGACCAAAAAAAAAAAGAAUAAAAACUCAUUUUUCCUUCACC